UCUAGGAAAUAGAAGCCACGCCUUCGCGUUUUCCACUUUUCCAGGACUGGGGGACCUGUUCGUAAACGACGUGGCUUUAUAUUAAAGAUAAGAAAUUUGCACAGAUCUUCACGCAGCGAAAGCUUUAACAUGGGGGAAAUUAGGCUACCGAGACACAUGUUUCUGUGGAGCAUGUCUGUUAUUUACUUGUUUGCUUUCGCAUCCCUUUACGUCCAGAUACCGGGUCUCUAUGGAAACGAGGGAAUCCUGCCCGCGCGCUGGCAGAUGCGCUACAGCGGGAAGCCCCUGCUGGAGCAGCUGCAGGACUCCCCCACGCUGCUGUGGCUGGCCCCCCACCUGGGCCUGGACACCCAGCAGGCCAUGGAGCUGCUCUGCCUGCUGGGCGCCCUGCUGGCCUUCGGGGCCAUGGUGCUGGAGGCCCUGAGGAGCAGCAUGGUGUUCACCUGCCUGUGGGCCCUGUACCUGUCCCUCUAUCAGGUUGGUCAGGUCUUCCUUUACUUCCAGUGGGACAGCCUCCUGCUAGAGACGGGCUUCCUGGCGAUCCUGGUCGCUCCCCUCAACCUGUUUGGGCGGAAGUCGCCCUCCAAGCAGCACGACUCCAUCACCUUCUGGCUGCUGCGCUGGCUGCUCUUCCGCCUCAUGUUCGCCUCGGGCGUGGUCAAGCUGACCAGCCGCUGCCCCACCUGGUGGGGUCUCACAGCUGUGACGUAUCACUAUGAGACCCAGUGCAUCCCCACCCCUCUGGCCUGGUACGCCCACCAGCUGCCUGUGUGGUUCCAGAAGCUCAGUGUGGUGGGCACCAUCGUCAUCGAGAUCGCCGUCUCCUUCCUCUUCUUCGCCCCUCUCAGACGGCUGCGGCUGGGUGCCUUCUACCUGCAGGUUCUCCUCCAGGUGCUCAUAAUUGUCACGGGAAACUACAACUUCUUCAACCUGCUCACCGUCAUGCUGUGCUUCUCCCUGCUGGACGACGAGGCCGUCAGCUCCUGGCUCGGGCGCGGCAAGAGGAAGAAGGCCAAAGCAGGCUGGCCUGAGACCCUUCUGUCGUGGGCUGCUGUCCUGGUUGAGCUGGGCGUCUAUGCGCUCAUCAUCUAUGGGGCUAAAGUGUAUUUUCAGCUGGACAUCAACUGGAAGAACAAAAGCGUGUCCUCAAAAACCGCUUUCACCUACCACGAGUUUAACCACUUCCUGAAGAUGGUCACUCCGCCCAGCAUUUGGAUUGGCGUGCUCUCUCUGACCUGGGAAGUAGUUACUGCCAUGUUCAGGUGCGCCUGUGUGAGGGGAUUCUUCUGGAAGCUGUGGGCCACCGUGCAGUGGGCCAUCUUCGCCACCGCAGCCGCCGGCAUGUUUGCCCUCAGCGUGGUUCCCUUCACGUUCCUCGAGUACGAGGCCAACAGCAACAUCUGGCCAGCGGUGCGGCAGGCGUACGAGGCGGUGGACGGCUACCAGCUGGUCAACUCCUACGGGCUCUUCAGGAGGAUGACCGGCGUGGGCGGCCGGCCGGAGGUGGUGAUCGAGGGCAGCAUGGACAAAGUGACGUGGACGGAGAUUGAGUUCAUGUUCAAACCCGGGAACGUGAGUGGGCCCCCCCCGGUUGUGGCCCCCCACCAGCCCCGGCUGGACUGGCAGAUGUGGUUCGCUGCCCUGGGCCCCCACGCGCAGAGCCCCUGGUUCACCAGCCUGGUCCACCGGCUACUGCAGGGCAAGAAGGACGUGAUCGCGCUCGUCCAGCCGGAGUCGCAGUACCCCUUCACCCGCGAGCCUCCGGCCUUCAUCCGCGCCAGCCUCUACAAGUACUGGUUCACCGAGGCCAGCGAGGACGGGUCUCUACCUCAGCAGUGGUGGAGAAGAAAGUAUGUGGAGGAAUUCUAUCCCACGGUGCACCUGGGGGACCCUACCUUAGAGAAACUGCUCAGUGAACUGGGAGUGAAGGACAAAGGGCCAAUUCUGCAGACGCCGGACGCCCCGGUCCCCCAGGCCCUGAGGCUGGUGCGGGAGCACGUCCAGGGCCUGUCCGGGCCCCUGGUGCUCUGGUCCCUCUUCGCCACGGGCGUGGCCAUCUGCCUCCUCAAGGUGCUGUUCUCCGGACCCUCCAAACCGGCCUCCGCCGAGCCCAAAAGCAAGAGGCCCAAGGACCCGCCCGCCGCCUCGUCCGACAGGAAGGAGCACCGCGAGGAGGCCAGGCCCGACAGGAAGGACAACUCUGAGGAGAGGGCGGCCGAUUCCGACAGGAGUCCCAGGAAGAGGAAGUGAAGCGGGUGGGUGUGGUCCUCUGCCAGGCAGAGAUGCAGACGAGAGGCGGUCGCCGCUUCCUCUGCCCAAAUGAAAGGUGGCGCCCCGGCUCCGUGUCACUUCCUGUCCUUAACACAAAACCGCAUUCUUAAAAACGCUUUGCACUUAUCGCUCCUGUGUGUCUGGGUCAUGAUAUUGCACAUAUACUGUUUAAUUCAGACAUACUGCACCCAACGCUUCUUCUGAAUGUCAGAGCAACAGCAGCACUUCAAAAGAGCUGCUGGCUUAGAUCUCUGUUUUGACCUUUAACAAGGUAAGAGCAGUAGGUCCGCAGUGCCUAAAUCGCAUUACUGUAUCUUCAUCCGCUGUGUGCAUUAUAUAUUUGUGUGUUACACUGAGGGAUAUUUUUCCAGGUUCACAAGUAAGCUGGUGAAGAGUUCUGAACAGGACUGUCCGCCCUGGUGGGGAAGGUCUCUGCUGGUUUUCACUGAGUUAAUCUUGGAGUCUCUUCUGCGCUGCCAUUGGAUGCAAACACUUCCUGAUUUUGAGUUCGCUGUAAGAUCUGCCCGCAUCAUAAGACAGUAUCUGUCUGUUUGAGCCCAGAUGGCAGAAUUCUCAAUUAGUGUUUUUUUUUUGUAUCCAGUCUUUCACAGUUAACCAGCCUUGUAUGAAAUAAUUACUUACAGCUAUCACAACAUAUUCUUCUGUCAGCUUGUGGCCUUCUUUAAAAUGAUUUUGCCUUCCCCGCUACAUUAUAUAUUGCUUUUUUUCACACAGAUUCUGUGCUGUUAUAAGUGGUAAUUAAGAUGUUCUCUUAGCCAAAUAUGUGGAAUUUUCUUAGACUUAACCACAUAAAAAUCUUUAAUUUGACUGAAAGGCAAAAUGUGUGGUAUAGUGUCAGAUAAGGUAAUCGAUAGUCCACUACAGAUGAUUUCCCCCCCUGUUUUAUGAAUAUUUGAGGAUGUCCCCAGUAUGUUGGGACACGGUGCCUUCCUGCGACCGGGCUGUGGUUCUGUUGUAAAAUCACACGUGUGAACGGUAGAGGCUUGGAUUACCCUUUUCAUUGCCUUAGAGAUGCACUGCAUGCCUCACAGACUCAACCGUUCGGCUCUGGGCAAGGCGUGCUGUAAGUGUGGGUCUUACGGGAAUUAUCAGCAGAAAGUGUAGUAGUUGGAUGGAAGGCUUGACAUAUUUGAUUUUGUAUAACGCGCCUUCUGUAGCGCGUGAGGAUUGCCGAUGUCUUUGUGCCACACAAAUGGUGCUCUUUGAUUGGCCGAAGUGCCAUAUGAUGAGCCUUCUGUGCCAAUCAUACUCGAGUGCAGCGUUGUCUACUGACUUGCAAAGCAAGGAGAUAGUUCUUGCAUUGUUCUCGACCAAAUCAUUUCCCACUUCACACCAAACAGAAAGCACCUUAACUCUAAUGAGGAGUGUAUGCUGUUAUAAAUAUGUGAGAACCACUCCUUAGAAUUAUCAUGGUGGUAUUUGCUAACACUGCAUAUGUGCACAUAAGAGAUUUGUGAACACUAUUUUUGCGAGUGUUGUUAAGGAUGCUUUUGCCCUGGGGAAUGAACGUUCACUUCACCUGCUGUGUACAGAGUAGGCAUUAACUCCCUAUGUAUUCUAGGCAUACAUUUACUAAGACCUUUAGCAUAUGCAAAACCUUUCAGCAAAACUAAUAACACAGCCAGUGAUUGGUGCACAACAAAUACCAUGACCAAUCAUUUCUCGUCAUAGGAUUGGGUGCACAUUUUGUGUGCUGCUCUCAUUACCUCAAAUUUACCUUUGUGCGCAUUAUUAGCUUUCCCAGGGUAUUCAAUAUUUGUGUCACAGAAAGGUGGCUUGAGGACUUAACAUUAUGAUGUCGGAGACACCAUGUAUACACUGAUCACCAUUAGGCUACUACAGUCUUUUAUAGUUCUCAUAUUGUGGCCUUUUUUCAAGUUUUCAAAUCGUGUCAACAUGUGCAUCUCUUUGAGACGCGUGUGUGUGUAUGUUUGUUUACAGUUUUCACGAACCAUCAUGAAAAUGAUAUUUCCAAAUUCAAAACCAAAACUUUAUGCAACAUUUUUAUUAUUACUUUAUAGAACUCUGCACUGCCCACUAUGCACAUAUCAGAAUGCCUCUUUCCCCUUAAUUAAUCUAGUUAGAUACAGAUAAGCAAAGUCAGCGUGUUCAUGUUCUGUAUCGUCUAUUUAUAAUAAAGAUUUGGAGUAUUGUCGACA